GCGCUGCUGCUCAUCUCGGCGCUGCCCCCGCUCCUGGCGCUGCAGCCGAGCUCCUCUGAGCGGCCGCUGCUCCUCGCCCUCGUCUGGUGGCCGCUCCUGCUCGUCGCCCUCGCCGUGGGCUUCCUCCUGUGGCUCCGCUUUGCCCGCCUCCACCGGCCGCCCUCGCCCGCCGUCGGGGAGAGCUGGGUGCCGUGGGCGGUCGCGCAGCUGUCGCACGGCGCCUCCGAGGCGGACGUGCGCAACGCGUUGCGCGAGCAGCUAGGCCGCGCCGCCGGCGGGUCGGAAGCGGGCCUGGUGGAUUCCGUGGUGGCUGCAGCGCAGCGGCGGGCACGCUUCGAGUAG